AUGUUGCUCCAAGAAUUUCGUGCAACUCUUAAAGAAAAGAAAUCCGUCGAUGCCCUCGGAAAAGAGCAGCUAAGUCAGAUAGAGAUGACCCUGGAUCUACCUACGGAGGCGGGGGUUCAAGAGGUGUCUAUCCUCUUCAUGAAUGCAUUCGAAGGUUCCAGAGAUCAUUCUGCAGGGAGGAGUCGCAAGCCUAUUAGAAUACGAGUAGAUGAAGAAGACUCAAAGUUCUUAGAUGGAAAAGAUUGUAUUCCUCUUUUAAUUUGA